CAAAUCCUUCAUGUCACGAAUUGUUUCUUCUAAUCAUCAGUGAAUGGCAGAUGGAGUUAUUGGUCGCAAUGGCAACCAUGCAGCGUGACGUGUGGAGGAGGACAUAGGACACGUUCUCGCACGUGCUCUAAUCCAGCGCCACAAUGGAACGGAAUGAAUUGCGUGGGGAAAAAUAUCUCCACAGGGAGCUGCAAUUUACAGAAAUGUAUAGAUACCAUGGCACUGCACCCGUAUGAAACAGUCGGUUGUUUCAAAGACGCUACUCCACGCGCCCUACCAGUGUUGGUCCAAUGGUACUCUGUCAAUCAGAGAGAUUUGGCCAAUUCACUCGCAUCCAUAAUUCACGAGUGUGCUACUGCAGUGUAUGAGAAUGGCUUCCGGUAUUUUGGCGUGGAAUAUCGAUACGAGUGCUGGAGUGGAUUAAACGGUGACAUGACGUACAACAGACAUGGGCGAUCCAACAGUUGUUUAUGGAAUUAUAGCGUUGGAAAUGCAUGGUCCAUAUUUGUUUACCGCUUUGUUGAAGUUAAUGGCAGUUGGAGCCAGUGGUCAUCAUGGCAACCAUGCAGCGUGACGUGUGGAGGGGGACACAGGACACGUGCUCGCACAUGUUCUAAUCCAGCGCCAAAAUGGAACGGAAUGGAUUGCCCAGGGACAAAUAUGUCCACAGAGAGCUGCAAUUUGCACAAAUGUAAAGGUAGAUGUUUUUUUUUUUGUUUUUUUUUGAAAUAUUUUUCAUUCAAAUGAUGCCAGCUUAUCUUGAUGCUCUGGUAUGUUCCAUGUUUUGCAUUUUGGAGCUUAGAUUUUGAUUUUUAAAGUGGCUCCGAGUCUGAAGAAUACACUCAAACCACUUUUAUACGGAGGCAGCGUGGCCGAGUGGUUUAGGACGCUGGAUUUGAAAUCUGGAGCUCCCUGGUUCAAAU